AUGCUGAAGGUAGAAGCUGCGGGAGAAGCAAGGCUGAGGAGUCUGAAGAAGUCAUCUGAAAAGGACAGGAACUUGAAGGAAAAUGAGACAUCAUCGCAGAUCACUUCACCAUGGGAUGAUUCCGACAAGAGAUUGAAAAAAUAUUACAAGAAUGAGUCGAGAUUGCUGUCCGUAGCCUUCAUCUCUUCGAUUGCUUUCAUUGUUGCAGCAUUGCUGUAUUCAUACUGGUCCAUUCUGUAUGAUUUUCAGAACACUAGAACGAUUAGCUUGAAUCCAUAUGGGACACAUACCAUGAUCGAACCCGGGUACAACAAACUUGACUCGUGCAGCGUUCCAGUGCUGAUGUAUUAUUCACCAUCCCUUCUAAACUGCCAUCUCGGCUUACCUCUCGAGCAUGAGGCCGUUGAGGAAUGCAAGAUUUCAUGCCAAAUCACCAGCAACAAGUCAGAUGCUGACAUCCUGGUUGGAAUCGAUCGCAAUGAUCCGGCAAACUCACCCGGCAAAGCUGUUCUUCGCAUGGACGACAAGUGUGACAGACUUGAUGCGCUCGUUCACAGGCUCGUCGAGAGCUUGCGGCGGCACCUUCCUGUCGAUACCAUCGGGAGGUGCUUUGCUGGUGAAGGCUCUGAUCGCGAAAUCCGGCGGUACGAGAAGGACACGGCAGACUCGCACUACAAAUUUAAUCUGGUCGUUGAGGAUGAAGUCGUCGAAGACUUCUUAACAGACAGAUUCUACAAGGGCAUGCUAGAUGCAGCAAGAGGUUCUCUAAUGGUCUACCUCGGUGCUCCCAAUGCCGACUCGUAUGCGGUUGCUCCGGGAGGGUAUCUUAACAUCUUGAAGUUCAGCGAUCUUGACUCGAUCGGCGAGUUCCUCGGAAAGGAAUGCGUCGUUGUAUCGUUCCUUCUUCAGUUGGCGGUCAAAUCCCCAGCAGGUGCUCAGCAGGAUUGCAACCCUGAGGAAGUUUGA